AUGACCUCUCCCGACAGGUACUACGCCCUGUACCUCACCCUCAUGGGUAUAAUAAUCUACACCGGCAAAAAAGACGACACGGCCAUCAUCUACCUCCCACUUAUGUGGGGAGCGGUGUUGAUGCCGUUCACAGCUUUCGAAAUCGUGCCGUUCUUCGGUCUUUUCAUAUUAUCACUCUUUUUUCACGCCGUGCUUUCGGCUACUUGCCUUUCGGUUUUCCUCUGGUCUGCCUGGACGUACGCCAUCGUGCGUGAGCCCGUCCUCAGCCUGUAUUUCCGAUUAAAGCACAAGAUUUCGGAGCUACGCCUCUGGUGGCAGCGAAGCGUUGCAAAGCUGGACCUCGCGAAGCAGCAAUGCCUAGCAUGGCCAGGUCGCAAGCUACGCGAGUGCAUGACCUGGUUACACUCAACGUUUAUCAAGAGCAAGCACACCGUCAACUCUCUCGGUCUGUUCGGUUUGGUCUCAACCACCUUUUGGUCGACCUGCCAGCUCGUGGUGUUGAUGUGGUUCGCCGUCGUUCUGAUAGUGGCGAUGGUGGCUUCCGUGAUGCAUGUACCUACAAAGUUUGCCAUUGCAUUUUUACAGGCCUUGAAGUACUCACUAUUGCCAAAGAACUGGAUCCGUCAGCCAAAUGAGAUCCGCCCUGAGAUACGUCCGCCUCCUCGACCCGAGCCUAACCUGAACGACUGGAUGUGUGAAGAUCCCCCAUCCGCGCCAAAAGGUUUUGCGACCCGCAGCAUCAAUCUUUCUGCCACCGUCGCCCUCACCAACAGUGCUCGUCACGGCACCCUUUCUACUAUCCCAAGGACGUCAGGCUUCAAGAAGAGCUUUCGUGACCAAUUAUCGAGUAUCGCCCCCAGGCCCCCCCGUCUCGCGGCCACAUACUCAAACCGACCCCCGUCUCACCUUCCGCCGCCUAUCCAAACUUGGUCCGAAAUACAUGAAGAGUACAACUCUUCACAAACUCCCAAGCUCCCUCCCGACAACCGCGCCUCGUCUUCGAUCUCGUCCGUUGGUUUGCCAGAUCGUGGUAAUGCUGCAGCCAAUCCCGCCACUGUACUGAAGAAUAGCCCUUGGCUUAUGACCGUCAAUACCAACAAACUUGCCGGCCUCACCUUCGAUGCUCCUGCAGAUAGGAUGUUUUCUGGAUUGGCAACAAGUGCCGGCCAACAGGUUGGCACUGAGAUAACGCAGUCCUCUCCAUUCGUGCAUGAGGAUUCCGGAAGUCCGAUAGUCGUUGACAUCCCGGAGAACGACCCAAAACCUGAGAAUCCGAUUCGCGUCGAGCAAGAGUCGCUGUCGCUUUAUUCGUCUAGCUUCUCUGUUACCGAAUCGCAGCACCCCCCGGGGACUGUGACAACGGACUUCGAAGUGGAUAUGAGCGAUGCGCCAGAUCCUUCCUCGUCACCGGCUACUCGUUCUACGUCUGAGUUUGUUCGUCGAGCAUCCGUGAGAUCGGCCACUCGUCCUCCGCCAACUACCAAACUUGCUUUUGCACCAGUGACUGCUGUUACCGCUUCCCUGGCCAAACCCCAAACUUCUAGCCCUCAACUUCUUCCGAGUUCGGGUAAUUCUCAAGUCCUGCACCCGGUGCAUGGAGUCGAGACGCCCCCGCGUCAAGUGCAAGGAGAGCGCCCCAUGAAGAAGCCGGCCAGUCAGCUCGCCAAAGCGAGGAAUGCGCCCGUCGGACAAGUUAGUACGAUGGUCGAACGCACUACCGCAGACGAAGCUCAGGCGCAGCGUUACUCGGAGCAGCACGCAGGUUCUUUGGAUACCAAAGCACCAGAGUUUAACUCAAACAAGUUCCUGUUGGAACGUUCAGCGGCACCGCAGACCCCGAAGACGCCUGACGUUCCUCGCACGGCGACCGCCAAAGGACGACCAUCUGCGGAGAAGUCGGAGCAAUCCGAGGCCUCCAAGGGUGGGAAAGCUGGUCGGCCUGCUUCGUCGGCGCUGAGGGCGAAGCCGUCCCCGUCCACGCCUAAAGGAUUCCUGCCGAAUAGCAAGAAGAAGCCCAGUGCCGCGGCGCAAGCCAAGGCGGCUAACGAACGACUUCAUGCGGAAGCUAUGGCGAAACAAGCAGCCGCUCGCGCAGAGGCCCAAAAAAAGGCUUCAAGCUCAGCACCGUUACUGUUCGGCGUCCCCGGCGGGGCCCGGACAGGUCAAAUAAGGACUUAUAUUGGUCCAACGGUUUCUGCGGGCAGACGUGAGGCACCUUCAUUGCCGGAACCAAGAGCUAAAAAGGCCAAGGAGAACUCCAAGUUGGAGAAAUCUGACGAGUAG